UAAAAGUUCUCGCUACUGUAUCCAAUAACUACUCUACGGACUAGCACUCUUGUAAUGCUGUUGUUACGUACAGCACAGAAACGAAGCUACUACCAAAUAUCCUCCUCUCUUCAGUAACGUUAGGAAAAACUAUAAGCAGCCUUUAAUUUUUGAAAAUGCCCGUUCUUUCUCGUUUGUUUCACUACGGUGUUGAUUUAGCAUUACUUUCUACCUGCAUCGCAGGAAUUCGUCGUUCUUCUGGAGUCUCAUUUGACAUGGAGAAAGUCCAUAAUGAAGACGUGAAGCUCGCCGUCGAAAAGUAUCUUGGUUUUGGCGAAUGGGCGUUUGAUCAAUCCACUACUUUCCUAUCAGCUACAGAUUGGUUUAAAAAGUUGUAAACAAUGGUUUUCGAAACCUGGAUUUCCUCUGAAUAGUAUAUAAUUUGGGGAAGCUUGUUUGCUUAAUCUGUCAGUAUGAUUUUGGAGCAUACUUUUUUUUUUCUGCAAUCGCUUGCCAGGUAGCAGUUUUUAAAAAAGUUUUACUUUCCAGUGCUCUCUUAAUUGGCGUGGUAGUUCCUUUGACGAACGGGCACUCUUUUGUCAGAUAUUCAAUUACACAUUAUAAUAUUUGGACAGUUGUUUUCUUUUGUUUGAAUUAUAUGUCUAAACUAUGAAUACCCAUUCUUUUUCAGAGGAGUAAUUGACAUUAUACGUGUAGUUUUAUCGCAAGAAAUAGGAUAUGCCAAUAUCUAGUAGUAUGUGAAGCCC